ACAUAUGUGUGAUUUAAUAAACCAGUCUGUAGUGAGAAACUACAGAUCGUAUUAUCAUAAAUGAGCUGAUGUGUGUCUCUGCUGUAGGACUGGAGAUCCUGAUAAAGACGGAGCUGAACUUUUCUACCUAAAGACUCUGAAAGACUCUGAACUCUGACCUCAGAAACAGGAAUGAAGUUUCUUUGUGUGGCAAUACUGAUUUUCUCUGGCUUUAUGGAGACCACAUCAGAAAACUUUAAGGUAGUUGGCCCAGCUGCUCCUCUUGUUGCUGAAGCUGGUGAAGAUCUGGUUCUGCCCUGUUCUCUCCAACCCAACAUUAGUGCUGAGGAUAUGAUGGUGGAGUGGAUCAGAACAGAUCGGACUGAUACUGACAAUCUAGUGCAUCUCUAUGAAGGUCAUGCAGACAGAUAUUAUGACCAGAUUAAGUCUUACAGAGGAAGAACAGCUCUAUUUAAAGAAGAACUGCAGAAGGGCAACACCUCACUGAAACUCUCAGUGGUCCAGACUUCUGAUGAGGGAGUUUACAAGUGUUUAGUAAAAUCAGCAUCCUGGUAUGAUGACAUCACUGUUCAUCUUGUUCAGGUUAAAGUACAUUUAAAAGUAGUUGGCCCAGCUGCUCCUCUUGUUGUUGAAGCUGGUGAAGAUCUGGUUCUGCCCUGUUCUCUCAUACCCAGCAUCAGUGCUGAGGACAUGAUGGUGGAGUGGAUCCGAACAGAUCGGACUGAUACUGACAAUCUAGUGCAUCUCUAUGAAGAUCAUGGAGACAGAAAUGAUGAUCAGAUGGUGUCUUACAGAGGGAGGACAGCUAUAUUUAAAGCAGAACUGCAGAAAGGAAACACUUCACUGAAACUCUCAGCAGUGCAACCUUCGAAUGAGGGAGCUUACAAAUGCUUAAUUCGGUACAGGUCCUGGUUUGCUGAUAUACCUCUUUAUGUUGAAGUUAAAGAACAAGGUUUUCACGCCUGGAAAAUUGCUAUCAUCUGCUUUUUUGUUUUUGCUGUUAUAUUAAGUGCCUUAACAGCUUGCAUCUUGAAAGAUAAAUUCUCAAAAAGGAAACGCUCUCCUACACAAUGCUCAGCUGUAGCCUACAUGUGUCUUAAAUCACAAUAUGUGCGUGAAGAGUUGGACCUGAAGAAAUACAACACAUCAGAGGAGGGUUACAGAAGACUCAUCCCAGCUAUGACAAACUGCAGAAAGGCUAAAUUUGCUGGAUGUAACCUUUCUGUACAGUCCAUUAAAACUUUGAGUGCAGCUCUACAAACAGAAAACUCCUCUCUGAAAGAGCUGGACCUCAGUAACAAUAAGCUACAGGAUUCAAGUGUAGAGCUGCUCUCUGCUGGACUGAAGAGUUCACACUGUAAACUGGAGAUACUCAGACUAGCUUUGUGUCAUUUUGCGGAAAAGUCUUGUGAAAAUCUGGGAUCAGUUUUACAAACAGAAACCUCCUCCCUAAAAGAGCUGGACAUCAGUAACAAUGAGCUUCAUGAUUCAGGAGUGGAGCUGCUGUCUGCUGGACUGAAGAGUUCACACUGUAAACUGGAGACACUCAGACUAGCUUUGUGUCAUUUUGGUGAAAAGUCUUGUGAAAAUCUGGGAUCAGUUUUACAAACAGAAACCUCCUCCCUAAAAGAGCUGGACAUCAGUAACAAUGAGCUUCACGAUUCAGGAGUGGAGCUGCUCUCUGCUGGACUGAAGAGUUCACACUGUAAACUGGAGACACUCAGACUAGCUUUGUGUCAUUUUGGGGGAAAGUCUUGUGAAAAUCUGGGAUCAGUUUUACAAACAGAAACCUCCUCCCUAAAAGAGCUGGACAUCAGUAACAAUGAGCUUCAUGAUUCAGGAGUGGAGCUGCUGUCUGCUGGACUGAAGAGUUUACACUGCAAACUGGAGACACUCAGAUUAUCAGGAUGUAUGGUCAGAGAGGAAGGCUGUUCUUCUCUGGCUUCAGCUCUGAGUUCAAACCCCUCACACCUGAAAGAACUGGAUCUGAGCUAUAAUCUCCCAGGAAGGUCAGGCGUGAAGCUGCUCUCUGCUAGACAGGAGGAUCCACACUGCUCACUCAAAACACUCAGAGUGGAACAUGAGGGUGAGAUGAGAAUCAGACCAAAGAAAUCUUAGUUUCCAGUGACUGAAUGGUCUGGGAGCGACUCUGACAGUGUUCAAACACCACAUCCAGCUCUUAUUUAAAAAGAGUGAAGAACAUUCAGCUCUCCAUGAUUUGGGCCCUUUAAUAGAACACUUAACGGUGAGUGAACUUCCAUUCACUGUGACUCUGACAAAACAUCUAUAACAUUUUUCUGACAGUCACAGUUUCUCUAAAUUGCCUUUUGUGUUGCGUCUCUUGGAACUUGUGGAAGCUGCUUCUCAGGCUGGAACUGGUCCUUCUCGGUCACCAGAGGGUUAGUUGUGACCAGAACAUCUGUCUCAGCAAUGUUCCAGAAACAGAAAUAAAAUUCAGAAAUGUGGUUCCAACCAUGAUCUGAUUUGCUGCGUUAGACGCUGUUCUUGUGGUUGUAGUUGGUCUUUUUCGUUUGCCAUCUGUAGAUAUAUAAUUAUGAGAAUCAAUGUGGAAGUUUCAGAAAAAAGACUAUAAAUGAAAACAUCAGUUAAUCUUGUUUUCAUUCACAGUGAAUAUUCAUCUUUAAAUACCCUGCAUCUCCAUAUUAAUGCUCCUUAUAGCAAAUAAACACAGAUGGGUUUUUCCCACUACUGUGGUUCAUUUUG